UCACAACAAUUCCAAAUCUUCUCUCUCAAUCACAAUCACUACAUUUUCUCUUUGAAUUUUCCAAAACUUUCUAAGAGAAAAUGGAGUACUCAAAGUCUAUGAUGAUGGUUUUGUUGAUGGUUGUGGUGGUGAUGAUGGCCUUAUUCUCAGCCAUCCCAAUGGCCUCAGCUGCCGAUGCACCAGCCCCAAGCCCCACCUCAGAUGCCACCCAAUUCAUCCCAGCUUUCUUUGCUUCUCUUCUGGCUUUGGCUUUUGGCUUAGUCUUCUAAGCUCUCAUCUUCAUCAUCACCAUUUUUCAAUUACAUUUUUUUUUUGCUUAGAUAUGUAUACACUUCUAUAUUUAUCUAUGCACAUUGUUCAAUAUAUUAAAUAAUGGGGUUUAAUUUCUUCAUUCAUUUAACUUUUGUUGUAAUUAAUUUAUAUUUUGUUGAUAAUGGGAUUUUGUUGUGGAUGUGAUUAGUGUAAUAAUAUUAUAUAAGUUUAAGUUUCUUUUGUAUACGAUCGAAGUUUUCUAUUAAUUUAUAUCUAUAAACAUUUUGUGA